AUGAGGCUCUUCAAUAUCCUUGUCAAAUCUUGGUAUUGUCAGACUUUCAAAUUUGCUUUCACCUUCAGCUUGUUAUUCUCCACCGGAGUACCCAAGCUGGACUUCGAGACAGUGUCGCUCUAUUCCUUGAUCGUCUAUGCCAAGGACAACCAAGGAGCCACAGCUUCACAGACCAUUUUAAUCCAGAUUGCAGAUGUGAAUGAGCCACCCAUCUUCACCGGAUCCCUUGCUCAGAAAAACCAAGUUACUGAGAUUUAUAUCCUAGAAGACACUGCCCCGGGCACAGUCAUUUACAGAGCAGCAGCCAAGGACCCAGAGAAUGCUAUUUUGCAGUACUUCAUUUCCCCGGAGGGCUCUGACUUCACAAUCGACAGCGUUGGAACAAUUUCCACAGCAAAGGCUUUUGAUUUUGAAAGUGAAGCUAGAAGUUUUUCACUCGUUAUUAAAGUGGUUGAUCCUGGAGGACUGUUUGCUGCUGGAAACCUAAAGAUUUUCCUCAUUAAUGUUAACAAUAAGGACCCCAUUCUCACUUGCAGUUUAUUCAAUAUUGAAAAUGCUGUUACUUCUAUAAACUCAACUCUGCACAAUAAAGUUGACAUCACCCUGUAUGAAGAAAUUCCAAUUGGGGAAAGGAUCGGAGUAUGCCAGGCAACUGAUGCAGAUAACUUGGGAGAUUUAACCUUUGCCCUAGAUCCAUGGAAUGUUUACUUUGCAGUUGACAAAGAAAGGUACACAGGGAAGGAGGUGAUUGCAAAAGAUACUGUAGUUGCAAAACUCACAUGUCAUGACCUUGAUGAACCUCCGGAUACAAUCCAUUACGUUCCUAGUUUGGGCCCACUUGGGUCUGGACAACUCUUUGAGCAAAUUCCAAAUGCUGAAAAUUGCAUCCAGGUUUCCCAAGAUUUGGAUUACGAAAACCCAGAGGUGGUUGCAGCUGGACAUAUCUAUGAAAUGAUGAUUUCAGUAUUUGAUGACCUCCGUCCCUCCCAUACAGUAACUGUGACAAUCAUUGUGGAGAUUGUUCCUGUCAACGACUUCAGUCCUGUAUUUAAAGCUGCCCACUAUUCAUUCUCUGUUCCAGAAACAUCAGGAGCUUUUUACAAAGUUGGAAGAGUGACUGCUAUCGAUGAAGACUACCCACCAAAUUGUGUAACAUACAAAAUAACCAAGGGAGACAUCCAGGUUAUACAAAGAUUCUGGAUUCACCCUUUCUCUGGAAUGAUUGAACUCACUACACAGCCAGACUAUGAAUCUGUGAAGCAAUAUAAUCUCACUGUGGAAGCUGUGGAUUGUGACAAAUUUCAUCCUCGCACAGCAAUGACUACGGUGACUGUUGACAUCGAAGAGGAGAAUGAUGAAGCACCUGUCUGCACACCCUCUCUACAUAAGGCAGUCAUUUUUGACAAUAUUGCUGCUGGGACAAAUGUCAACGGCUUCAAACUAAACUGCCACGACAGAGAUUCACAAGAUUAUGAAAUGCGCUUUGAGAUAGUUUCUGGAAACGAGAAUCAUCAUUUUGGGUUUGACCCAACUCGAGGUUCAGAUACUCCAAAAUUAAUUGUGAAGAAUCCUUUUCACUUUGAAUCCGGAGCUGAACUGCAGCGGCAGUACCAUCUUGUGGUGCAUAUCAUCGAUGACAACCUGAAACACGGCAAACCCACCAAGCCCAGAACAGGCACCACCAUUAUAGAUAUUUAUGUGAAAAGAGCCAAUAUGCCACCUCCUCCAACCACCAGUUCUGAACAAAGGGAAGGUCUGACCAUUGUGUACACAGCUAUCAACACGUACAGAUCCAACGACUGGUAUAUUCCUUUCAUCUUCACUCUGAUGGCUGUUUUCCUUGCUGGGUUUGUUGUCUGGGUAUGUUUCUUGUUUUGGAGGUAUGGAAACGUUAUGGAAUGCUGUUGGAAUAUGCCCAAGGAAGCCUCCAAGCCCAAACCCAGUGAUCCCAAACAUACUCUAUCUCAGAAACAGUACAGCUUAUUAUUGAAUUCUACCUGA